AUGAGCACGAGUACCCCGACCCCCCUCCGCAUCGCCAUCCUGGUCAACACACCCCCCGACACCGCCUUCUGGCACGACGUGCGCAAAUGCUACCAGGAAUCCUUCCUUGCCGUCGCGCCGACGGCUCAGAUCGACAUGUACGAUCCGGUCUUCGAGCGCCGCUUCCCGCGCCCGGCAGACUAUGAUCUGGUCGUCCUGACGGGGGGCAAAGCGGAUGCGUCUUCCUCCGAGCCGUGGGUGCUGGGGGUGUUGGAGUUUGUGCGCGCCGCAGCGAAGGAGGCACCCCAGACAAAGAUCCUGGGGAUCUGCUGGGGUCAUCAGGCUCUCGCGCGGGCGUUUGGGGGUGUCGUGCGCGCUGUGCCUUCGGGGCCGAUUGCUGGUCUUGAAGACGUGCGCUUGACGGAAGCGGGCCGGAAGUUCUUCGCGUGUGACGAGAACACUACCAGCUACCGUUUACCCGAGUUCCACGUGCGGGAGGUGGCCCAGCCCGGCGACGGGUUCAUCCACCUCGCGGAGAACCAUGAGAUGUUCGUGAACCAGCAGAACACGGUGCUCUCCUUCCAAUCGCAUCCGGAGAUCGAGGCCGAGAUGGCGAAGAAGCUGUUGUUGGAGGAGGAUGAUGUGUACAACGGGGGUCUUUCGCAGCAGGAGCUGGAGGGCCAUCUGGCUCGCCUGGAGCGGCCGACGGAUGGGUUGACGGUGUUGAAACGGGUUGUGGAGUGGGCGAGGGAGUAG